UAUAAGGAUACAAAAUAUCCUUUACUAAUUGCAGAUGGCUCUAUCCAAAAUGAGUACACUAGGCACAGCCCAACAUAUCUUAGAGUGUGGCAUUGAGGACUGUGAGAGAAACUGUGAAUUCUACUGCAAUGUCUGUCACCAAAAGAUGUGUAAACAAUGCAAAGAAAAACAUCUUAGAAGUCCGGACACAAAGAAACAUGAGGUGGUCCUAUAUCAACUACGGAAAAGACAACUGCCCACAGAAAAAUGCAAGAUCCACCCCACCAAGGAUUUAGAACUUCUAUGUAAGGAAUGCCAAGCUCUUAUAUGUUCCACUUGCACUACUAUACCUGAACAUCGAGGUCACAUCUUUACAAAUUCCAGACCAAUUUUGGAGGAGAUGUUUUCAACAUGUCAAGGAGAAAUUCCAAAAAUUUAUGAAUAUUUUCUUCCAACAUCAAAAGAUUUACAAAAGGAAAUUCAUGAAGAUCUCUCAGAAAUAAAAUCUCUCAUGGACAGCAUAAGAUCUUCCACCAAGGCCGAGGCAGAGUCUCUGAAAGAAAUGGUGGACACAGUGACAUCAGAAAAAGUCAGAGAAAUAGAUCAAAUGGAAGAACUUUUACUGAACAAAAUAAAAACUGAUCAUGAAACAGUAAGUGAUUACAUCACCUAUCUCAAUGGUCUUGUGGACAAGUUCACCAUCCAAAUGUCCCCUACGAAAUUAUUUUCAGCAUUCUCCUUAGAGGAACUGAAAAUCCAACCCAUACCAGAGACCACGAAACCAGUCACACCAGAGUUUAUCCCUCAGUACAACAAAGAAGAUGUGGUCAAAUUACUUGGAUAUAUGAAUGUCCCAAACACAGAAGAAAAGAAGAGAGCAAUAGGGCCAAUGAUAACAGAGCCUCUGCUCACCCCUUCCACUCCAACCAGUGAUCAGUUAGAGGAGAACAUUCAACAGAAAUCUGAAUUGUCCUCAGUCACCAUGGUCAUGGAUUUAAUCAUUCUGGGUCUACAAAAUGCAUGCCAUUUAUCCAUAGGUAAAUCAGGUAGACUCUGGAUCAGUGAUGAAUUUGGUAACCUUGUCCAAACAGAUCUACAGGGGAAUCAACUACAGACAGAAAAGACCUGUGGGGGGUAUGGCUACCAUACAUUCUCAUUGGAGGGGGAUCUGUUGUUUACAGACAAAGACAAGAAAGUCAUCAGUAAGAUUACACCAGAAAAUGAUGUCACUGAGAUCACUAAAACAGGAGACUGGAAACCACUCAGCAUACACUCCUCCCACAUCAAUGGGGACUUGCUGGUGGGGAUGGUACAUCACGGAGAGGCUAGAAUCACCAGGUACACAAAGACAGGGAAAGGAACAAAAAAUAUACAAAGGACUGCUGCAGGACAGAAUCUCUACAGUUACCCCCACUAUAUCACUGAAAACAUCAACGGGGAUAUCUGUACAUCAGACCGCAACAUGGGAGUGGUUGUGCUGGAUCAAUCUGGACAAUUCCGGUUCACCUACACAGGUCAGGGGUCAAAAUUCAGUCCCCUUGGAAUGUGCACUGAUGCCUCUGGUCACAUCCUGGUGUGUGAUGAUAUCAGUCACACGAUUCAACUCCUUGAUCAGGAUGGCCAGUUCUUGUCUCUUCUGAUUACACCAAAAGAAGAUGUUUCCAUCUUCAAGUUCAAGCCUUUUGGUAUGUGUAUGGAUGAUGAAAGCAAUCUUUAUAUUGGGCAAGAAUACCAUAAGGUGACUGUUUAUAAAUACAUGUAUCUCUAGUGAUGCUUGCAAACA